CCUUGUUCUUAUUUUUAUUUUCUGUGUGUUAUCAAAUUUGCUGGAACUAUUGGCUCUAGAUUUUUGGAAGAAAAAAAAAAGUAGACUUUGAGUUAAUUUAUGGGGUUUCAGAUUCAUAAAAUUUAAUGCAUUUCUUGGGUUUUGAUUGAAUGUUGGAAAUUGCUUACCAUAUUUGUUUAAUGCCCUUUAUAGUGUUCUCAGAAGUUGGUGUCUUUUCAUUUUCUUAUUUUUUAUGAUGUGUGUGGAAAUAAAACAUCUUUUUGUAAUAUUUGGCCAUUCAAUUCUCUUCAUUUUUGAGCACAGAUCAAUAGGUGUUGUACUGGUGUUAUUUAAGAUCAAUCUUACUAUGGAAAAGUGAAAUUGGGCUUGGACAAAAGCCAUGAUUCUGUUUGUUUAUUGCAAAUUAUAUAUAGUUUCUUUUUGGUAUAUCAUUCAUGAUUCAGUGGUCCAAUAAUGCUCAAGUCUACUCCUACUACAUUUAUUGAGAUAAUUGAUAUUAUGAUUAGAUUAGAAAGAUGACAUCAAAGCACAGUGUCAAUAUCUGUGUUGUGUUCCACUUUAACAGUUUUCUUUUGGUCUCACUCACAGGGCAUGCUAUAAAUUAUUAUGCUCAGCUUCAGCAGGUUUGGGGUUCUCACAGGCCGAUUCUGCGAAUUCGAGCUUCAGCAUAUCAGGAUGGCAACACUGUGGAGCCAAGCAAGAAGCAAGACAAGACAAGUGAUAUAAGAAACAACAAAGAUGAAGUUGUCUUGUGUAACUCAGAGAUAUCCAAGCAGCAGCAGUAUAAUCCUCUUCCACUUGUUAGUGCGAUGAAGACUGUAGCUCAACAAAAUGCUGCCACAUUUCACUUUCUUGGUCACAACGGAGGUCGCAGUGCCCCAUCUUCGUUAACUCAACUCAUUGGUCUCAAACCAUUUAUUCAUGAUUUGGCUGCAGUUCCAGAGCUUGACAACCUGGCUUCUCCACACGGGCCCAUUUUAGAUGCACAAAAGGAAGCAGCCAAGCUUUUUGGAGCAUUGGAGACAUGGUUUCUUGUUGGAGGAACCACUUGUGGAAUCCAUGCUGCAAUUAUGGCUACAUGUUCACCAAGAGACUAUCUAAUUCUUCCCCGGAAUUGUCAUUUAUCAGCCAUAUCUGCUAUGGUCUUAUCUGGUGCCGUACCUAAGUACGUCAUACCUGAAUAUGAUGUUGAAUGGGAUAUUUCAGGUGGGGUCAUUCCAUCACAGGUGGAGAAAGCAAUUGAGGAACUAGAGAAAGAAGGUCGAAAACUGGCUGCAGUCUUUGUGACUUCUCCUACUUAUCAUGGAAUAUGCAGCAACAUAAGCGAGAUAUCUCAGCUGUGCCACUCUCAUGGAAUUCCUCUAAUCGUGGAUGAGGCUCACGGGGCUCAUCUCGGGUUUCAUCCUAACAUGCCCAACUCAGCACUUCAGCAAGGGGCUGAUUUGGUUGCUCAAUCAACUCACAAAGUUCUUUGCUCUUUGACACAGUCAUCAAUGUUGCACAUGUCGGGCAAUCUUGUAGAUAAAGAAAAAGUCUCUGGAUGCCUUCGAUUGCUUCAAAGCACUAGUCCUAGUUAUCUUCUUGUAGCAUCAUUAGAUGCAGCUCGACACCAACUUACUGAAAACCCAGAAGCCUUAUUUGACAAAGCACUGCAAAUAGCUGCUGAGGCUAAGAAUGCAAUAAGAACACUUCCCGGCAUUUCCAUACUCAACUCUAAGAGUUUCCCAAAGUUCCCAGUUAUGGAUCCAUUAAGGCUAACCAUUGGUUUUAAACAGCUGAACAUGUCUGGUUAUAAAGCAAAUGAAAUUUUGUACAUAGAUAAUGCGAUUAUCUGUGAACUUGCUGGAACCACAUCUGUUACUUGUUCAUUUAAUCUUGGAACUUGUAGAGAACAUGUUGAGAGGUUAGUGUUUGGCCUAAAGAAUAUAGUGUCAUCUGCAGCACUGACUCAGGGAGCGAUAGAGAAGGUGGCUCAUGGUGUGGCUACACCAUUUGCUAAUUUCACCACAAGCUUAAUUCCAAGAGAGGCCUUUUUUAGAAGCAAAAGGAAAGUAAGCAUUGCAAACUGCCUUGGGGAAGUUUGUGGGGAGCUUAUAUGUUCAUUCCCACCAGGAAUUCCAGUGCUGAUACCUGGUGAGACUAUUACACAAAGAGCUUUGGAUUAUCUUUUUGAUGUUAGAAGUAAGGGUGCCAUCAUCAGUGGUGCUUCAGAUCCACAACUCUCUUCCAUACUUGUCUGCAACAAGUAGAGCACAUUUGGGUUCAAGUUCAGCUCUGUUAUCAAUGAUUAUGUUCAACUCCAACUUAGUCUAGCUGGUGUGAAAGUUAUUGAUUAUACAUUGUAUGAUAUUUCUGAAAAUUUCUGAGCCUAAGGCCUCUAAAUAUGUUGAGCUGACCUUAACUAGAGCUUACAGAUUUCUGAAUAUAAAUUUGGCGUACUUAGUGAAUUGAACACAAUAGUACUUUAAU